AUGCUCGCGGUCGACCAGGCCUUCUCGUAUGCGAAAGCGCGACGGGUCUUGGUCGGCCGCGGUCGGGCACUAAGACACGAGAAGCGGCUGGAGUGGUACGUCCUGCGUCGCGCAUCAGGCAAGAGACUCCACGAGGCUGUCACACAGGAGGAGAGGAACGCCAGCAUGGGUCACACACUCGGGGACUCGUCGACGUACGUUAAGUACUUCAUAACCGAGUACCUCAGCUUGAACUUCCACGCGAUUGUGUUUGGGAGCCGGCCGCAAAAGGAUAUAAUCGAUCAGUCACGUGCCAUAUCUCCACUGACGGAGUUAUGGCACGUGAUUUUCCUAUUGUGUCACGGGCGUCGGACGAGGUCUAAGUCGCCAAACCCGGCACCCCGCAAAGCACCCGCCAAGGGACGCACUAUGACUGUUGUCCGCCGGCCCCGUGCUACCAAGGCACAGACGCAAAAGCAGAGUGACGAGACCUCGACGCGUCAUGACACGGCCGCCGGAGACCAGGAAUCGCCGGCGGUAAGAAGGCCAGAAGCCGUGGUCGAGGACGUGUUCGGAGACAUGACCAUGGACAGGGUUAUGGAACCGCUCGGCGAGAGACCGGAAGAUAGAGCCAUUGUCUCAAACUUGCAACCUCAAGCCCCUAGAUUAAGUGACAUAACUCUCGGAUACGUGGAGCAUGCAGAGACGGUGGCUCUCGCCGACAUGGGGGCUGGGAUGAUUUCCAUCGCAGACAUAGAGGACGUGCCCAUCGCAUGCGUGGAGACCAUGACCAUCGCAGACUCGGAGCCUUGGCCACCUCUCGACCUCAGAAUGGAGGACACAGCAGCAAUCGCAGGCCUGGACCCUCCAGCACACAGGCCAGAUGACACGGCCAUCUUAGACCCGAGUUCUCAACACGCUAGGUCGAACAGCACGGCGGCCAUCGCAAGCCUCACGGCCAUCUCGGACACUGGGGACAUGAUCACCCCAGACCUGAUGAAGGGCACGACGUCCGACUCUGCUGGCUUUGAGCUGUGGGACACGACUUCUGAGCCGGGGGUUGACAUGCUCAUCUCGACCACCAUGACAAGGCCGCUGACAUGUUCAUUCUGUGGGUAUGAUGCGGACGCGGACGACCCGGGCGAACACAUGUGCGACGAGAUCCUCGAGGGAGAUGCCCGUCAGGUGCCCGUUCGAGGACGACACUUCUCAAGCGAUAUGCGGGGACUUUAG